AUGCAAUUGAAAUAUUUACGCACAUUACUCGAGGGGCAGGAGCACAUUCAAAGGAUUGCAGGACUCGCCUGGUCGCCAAAUCAGCAGAAACUGGCGAUUGCGACGUCAGAUCGUCACAUUCUGCUCUACGAUGAUGCGGGAGAGAGAAGGGACAAGUUCAGCACGAAGCCAGCGAAUGCGGCGAAUGGCAAAAACUCCUAUGUCAUCAGAGGAUUGGCAUUUAGUCCAGACUCCACCAAAUUGGCGGUGGGACAAAGCGACUGCAUUGUGUAUGUCUACAAGCUGGGAGAAUCCUGGAACGAUAAGAAAGUCAUUUGCAACAAGUUCCCGCAAGCUGGAGCUGUCACUGCGCUCAUCUGGCUGACUUCAGGCGCCAUUAUAGCGGGUCUAGAAGAUGGCAAAGUGCGUGCUCUGCACUGCAAGAGCAACAAGUCGCAGAGUCUUUAUGGCGGUGACAGCAUCUGCAUUUCCCUUGCUGCGAAUACCAAGGGAAGUGGGUUUCUCAGUGGCCACAAUGAUGGCACCAUCAUACGCUAUUACCUCUCGGAGGAGGCCAGUGAACCUCUGGGUCGUGUAGUCCAACAUCCGGUGCCGCCCUUCGCUCUGGCCUGGCCCCAAGGAGGCUUCUGUGCCGCAGGAUGCGAUCAAAGGAUUAUUUUCUACGAUAGUGUGGGCCGUCAGCAGCGUUGCUUCGACUACUCCCGCACGGAGGGAGAGCGCGAGUUCACAGUGGCCGCCUGUAGUCCGAAUGGACAGGCCGUGGCCUUUGGGAGUUACGAUCGCAUCCGGAUCUUUGCCUGGAGUCCACGUCAGAGUGCGUGGAGUGAGAGUGCCAGCAAGGAGAUCAGUUGUCUCUACACUCUGAGUGCCCUGAUCUGGCGACGAGAUGGCGCCCGACUCGCCUUGGGAUCCGUGAGCGGAGCCGUGCUUCUUUUUGAGUCCGUGUUGAAACGAACCAUUUGGCAGGACAAAUUCGAGCUGAUCUUUGUGGCGCCAAGUCAAUUGUUAGUGCGUUCUCUAGCGGAACCUACACAACAGCUGACAAUCGAGUCUCAGCUGGGACUGGAGAUAGAUGAUGUGCGAAUAAUGGGUAAGGAUAAUUUUCUGGUAGGACGCACCGAAGAGUCCUUGAUCCUGUGCGAUCUGACGAGGAAUCUGGCCAGCGAGGUGCCUUGGACCGCAUCGGGAAGACACGAGCGCUUCUACUUUGAGAAUCUGCAUGUCUGUCUCAUCUUCAAUGUGGGAGAAUUGAGUCUGGUCGAGUACGGAGACAAUCGCAUUCUCGGCUCUGUGCGCACGGAAUUCGUCAAUCCUCACGUGAUCUCUGUGCGCUUAAAUGAACGUGGCAAUGGACGGGAGAACAAGAAAUUGGCCUUUCUUCUGGAUGCCAAGACAAUCUGUGUGGUGGACUUAGUCAGUCAGAUGAUCACUGGACAGAUCAAUCACGAGACAAAGAUCGAUUGGCUGGAACUCAGCGAGACGGCGCACAAGCUGCUCUUCCGGGACAAGAAACUCCGCCUCAUUCUCGUGGACAACUACAGUGGCAAGAAGCAGACACUGCUCAGCAACAUCUCCUUUGUCCAGUGGGUGCCCCAGAGCGAUGUCGUUGUGGCCCAGAGCAACAGCAACCUGGCCAUCUGGUACAACAUCGAUCUGCCCGAGCACGUGACCUUGCAGACCAUCCGGGGAGAAGCCAUCGAGGUACUGCGGGAGAAUGGUCGCACAGUGGUUCGCACUCAGGACGGACCCAGUGAGCACAGUUACCAGCUGGACGAGGGACUCGUGGAAUUUGGCACCGCCGUCAAUGACAAUGACUUUGGACGUGCUGUGCACUUUCUGGAAUCGCUGGGCGAUAAGCCGGCGGCCAAGGCGAUGUGGCACAAUCUGGCCAUUAUCUCGCUGGAGGAGGGGAACCUGCGGGUGGCCCAACGUUGUUAUGCAGCCCUGGGGAAUGUCUCGAAAGCGUAUUACCUGGCAGAGAUGAUCCAGCAGGCGGAUGACUUUGAGCAAUCAACUGGCAGUCCGGGAAUACAUUGUCCCGAGGUCAGAGCGAAGUUGGCGCUGCUCGGCUCCGAUCUGCGUGCAGCGGAGAGAAUUUACCUGGAGCAGGGCGACAUUGAGGCAGCCCUGGGUAUGUAUCAGCAGCUGCGCAUGUGGGAUGAGGCUGUGGCCCUGGCCGAGAGAAGAGGCUACGCCCGAUUGCCGGAGUUGAGGCAACAGCACAUGGACUUUCUGCUGGAGACGGAGCAGCAGGAGAAGGCAGGUCAGGUGCUGGAGGAUGAGGGGGAACUGCAGCAGGCAAUGUCCCUGUUCCUCAAGGCCAAAAAACCCGCUCGAGCGGCACGACUCGCUUUAAAGACGCCUCAUCUGCUGCAGGAUGAGCAACUGAUGCUGCAGGUCACCGAGGGAUUAGUGCACUGUGAACUCUACGAACUGGCUGGCGACAUUGCGCACCGUCUGUCUCGUCCGGAAGCGGCUCUUGCGCUCUACCGCAAGGGCGGUGCCUAUGCCAGGGCCUUGGAGCUGGCACGCGUGGUGUCGCCGCAGGAGGUGACGGCCUUGGAGGAGCAGUGGGGAGAUUGGCUGGUCAGUCGCAAGCAACUGGAUGCCUCCAUCAAUCACUACAUCGAAGCGGGAGCCACACAAAAGGCGCUCGAGGCGGCGGUCGGUGCCAAGCAAUGGCGUAAGGCCGUGCAGAUUGCAAAGGUGCUGGACGAACCGGAGCUGAUACAACGCUAUGCUCUGGAUCUGUCCAAGCACUUGGCCUUUGCCGGGGAUCUGGAUGGAGCCGAGGAUCUUCUGGUGCGUGCGAAUCUCUACAGAGAUGCCAUCGAGCUGCUCAAUCGUCACGGGAAAUGGGAACGCGCCUAUGUCCUGGGAGAGAAGUACCUCAAGGCGGAGCAACUAAGGGAACUCUUUGUCCAGCUGGGCAGUAGCCUGGAGGAGCAGGGCAAGUACCGGGACGCGGAGAAGGUGUUAAUUGCUGUCAAUGAGCCCGAUCUAGCCAUAGCCAUGUAUAAGCGAAGGGAACUCUACGAUUCCAUGAUACGAUUAGUCGAAAAGUAUCACAAGGAUCUACUGGACAGCACGCAUCUUCAUCUCGCUCGUCAGCUGGAGUCACGGGGCAAAUUCAAGAAUGCCGAGCUGCAUUUCAUUGCCUCCGGUGACUGGAAAUCCGCCGUGCACAUGUAUUUGUCCUCGUCCCGCUGGGAAGAUGGCUAUCGGGUGGCCAAGCAGAAGGGCACGGAGGGAGCUAGCCAACAGGUGGCCUAUACGUGGGCCAAAUCGAUGCCUCUAGAGAGUGCAGUGCGUCUGCUGAGCAAGCUAGGACUACUGGACACGGCUGUGGGAUUCGCCUGCGAUUCGGGAGAAUUGGAGUUUGCCAUGGAACUGUGUCGCUUUGCGGGUAAACCGACGGAUGAGGUGCAUCUGAAGAUAGCCAUGUCGCUGGAGGAUGAGGGCAAAUAUGAGGCAGCCGAGGCGGAAUUCCUUAAGGCACACAAGCCCAAGGAGGCGAUCCUGAUGUAUCAGCAUGCCAGAGAUUGGCAGGCAGCUCUCAACGUGGCCGAGCAGCAUCUUCCCGAUGCCAUAAACGAGGUGCUGAUCGCACAGGCUUCCUGCGCGCUGGAGACACGCAAUUACCAGGACUAUGAGAUGCUGCUACUGCGUGCCCAGCGUCCGGAACUCAUCAUCGAGCACUACAAGGAGGAAUCCCUCUACGAGGAUGCUCUGCGCAUUGCCGAGGAGCAUUUUCCCUCGGCUCUGAAUGAUCUGAGGCGACUCCAAGCCCAACAGCAACGUGGCCAGCUGCAGGGUGAGGAUUCUGGCGGGGAUUCCCGCGCCUAUUUGCAACGUGCCGCGGAAUUCGCCAAGCGGGAACAAUUCCGCAAGGCGGCCGAGUGUCUCAUGCAGAUAGAUGCGAACAAUGCCGAGGAUUCAGCCACCUUGGAACGUGCUCUGCUCCGUGCCGCCGACAUAGUCAUUCAGUUCCUGGACCGCAAGGAUGCACAGGACCUGGCAGAGUUGCUGGGACCACGUCUCCUGGCCAUCAAGCAGAUUGGACGCGCUGCUCAGCUGUAUGUGGUGGCAAAUCUCCACAAGCAGGCAGUCGAUGUCUUUAUCCAGGCUGAACAGUGGUCCAAGGCACGUCGUCUAGCCAAGGAGAUUGAUGCAGAGCUGCUCUCCUAUGUGGAACAGCAACAGAAAUCCCGGCUGAAGCACGAGGGAAAUGUGGAGCAACUGGCGGACAUUGAUAUCAUCAGUGCCUUGGAUCUGCUGGCGGAGCAGGGACAAUGGCAACGUUGCCUGGAGAAGGCCAAGCAACUGAAUCCCUCGGUGCUCCAGAAAUACGUGGCUGUCUAUGCAGCUCAAUUGAUACGGGAGGGAGAUUGCAUCAAUGCUUUGGGAUUGUAUUUGAGCUAUGGAGCUCCAGCCAUUGAGGAGCACUUUAAUAUCUAUGCCAGGAUUGCCUUGGAUUGCCUGUCCCUGCGCGAGGAGCAGUCGGAGGGGGGUCAGGUGUGGCAACGUCUGCGGGACUUUCUGCAUCGUCUGCUUCAGGCGCUACGUGCCUCGGAUCAUGUCCAGGCCAAGUUUACUUCAUCCACGGAGCAGUAUCUGAUGAUUGCCCAUUAUUAUGCCACUCGAUCCGCCUGCAGAUCGGUGCAAUCCCUCCAGCCCGUCGCAGUGCGUCUCUCCUUGUCCCUGUUGCGGCACACGGAUGUGCUGCCAGUGGAUAAGGGCUUCUAUGAGGCGGGCAUGGAUCUGCGCCAGGCGGGACGUGAAGCGGAGGCUUUUGUCAUGCUGAAUCAUUACCUGGACGUCUGUGAGGCCAUCGAGGAGGGUUCCGGCAAUCUGGUGGAUCACUCGGAUCUGGCAGCCACAGAUUUCCCGAGCUCAGUCCCUCUACCCGAGGAUAUUCAUCUCAAGAACGAGCCCAAUCUUCACGAGGAGGUUCGGGAAUGGGUUUUGGCGGUGAGCAUGGAUCAACAGGUGGAUCAACUGCUGCCCAACGAUGAUCGUGGACUAUAUGAAUCCAGUCUGGGUCCCAACGACACACCCUGUCUGCUCAGUGGUUAUCCAGUGCGUGGUCGUCAACCCGUCACCUUUCAAUCCUCCACCAGUCAAGUCAAUCGCGAUGUCUGGAGCAAAUUUGCGGUGGCUGUGAAAAUGUCACCAGGCAGCAACGUGACCGACAUCAUUGCCUUUGUCGAGAAGUGGCAGGGCACGGCCAACUAUGUGAUGCACUAAAGAGGAGCGAGCUGGAGAGGAUUGGGCUACGAAAUACAGCAUAAGAGGUAAAAAUCCCAGCUUUCUUGUGUCAUAACUCUGUCAAAACUCAACCGAUUUCUAUAUGGAAUAUCUUAUUGAUCAUUAUUUAACCUCGAAAUUGAU